GGGCAGUCUGGAAGGGCGUGGCCUUGUAUGGGGCGUGGCCUGUCUGCGGCGGUGGGGUGGGGGCGGGGCCGGUGCAGGCUGAGUGGGCUGCGCGAUGCGGGGUUCGAGCUGCGUGGGCAGUGGUGGCGAGAGCCCAGGUGGUGCGGGGCUGAGCGAAGGGCCCCGUGGCCGAUGGCUGCGGCUCGCUCCUGUCUGCGCCUACUUCCUGUGUGUGUCCUUGGCCGCUGUGCUGCUUGCCGUGUACUACGGACUCAUCUGGGUCCCCACGCGGCCGCCCGCGGGCUCCGCCGACCCCCUGCCCAGCGCUGCGGCCGCUCCGUGUGCUCGAGCAGCACCGCCCGUCCCGCCUCCGGCCGCGUCCUGCUUGCUCGGGGCUUCUGGCGGGCCACGACCGCAGCCAGGACUGCCGCGGAGCCGCCGCCACAGCCGCCGCCCAGCUCCGGGAGCCACGCCGGAGACCGCGCGCCGAGCGCCUGGCUAGGCCGGCCCGCCCCCACCGAGGCCCGCGCCUGUCUGUCUGUCUGCACCACCCGGCCUCGCCUGCGCGGCGCCGCCUCUCUCCGGGCCGCCGUCCUGAUCCUGCCCGACCUUAUCCCACCCCGCUCCUCCCGGGGACUCAGCGCUCAUCGGCAAUAAACUCCAGCCUUGCCUGGUCUGUGGUCGUCGGCCUCGCCCGCUGGUUUCUUCUAACCCCGUGGCCGUGCGGCCUUACAGGCUUUCCUCUUUCAUUGCUCGCAUGUAAUUUUUGGGCUAGAAUGGGGAGAUGCGGCUUGCCAGUUUUCGGGGCCAUUGAAGGUCAGACACUGUAAAGAAAGGCCUUAGCAGUUUUCGGGGUGUCGUGGGUUCUUGUAUAGCGUCGGAGACAAUGGUGCGUGCUGGAAACUGCAGUUGGUAUAGUUUACAAUGGGCAGGGGUGGAAGAUGUCACCCGUGUGCUAGCUUGUCCUGGUUUGGGUGGUGACGGGACAUAUUUGCUGCUUUGGAAGUGUGGCGCAUAUAGCUGAACCAACACCAAAGCAAAACUGGUCAGCAUAGCUGUUGGUGCCGUGCCGAGAAGCUGGUGUAGCUUCUGACACAUGCGAUGGAGUCCGUUUUCCCUCGCCCGUGACCGUGGCUUGACCGUGGGCAGGCCUGGGAUAAACCCUCCUGCCCUGCUGCAAGUAGGGGCUUCCCUUACGGCCGUCCUUGCCCCUGGGCUGGACAGCAUCAGGAACCCGAGGCUGUCCUACCUACCUACCGGCAUCCCCCACAGGAUGGGGUACAGCAAUGUACUUAACCCUCCCUGGUCUUGUGAAAUGAAGACAACACAUUGUUGCUCAGAGAAUUAAACAGAGUGAUUCCAGACCCGAGAA